AUGCCUUCUCGAUCUGAACCCCCAAGUAAUCAGGACAACGACCACGGCGGCGUGGUGCAGAUGCCUGACAGCGUUUCCAGGGCAGCGGAGAGUGAGAAGCGAAAUGACACUUCGCCGAGCCAGACCAGCAGCCCGCGCACAAGCGAAGAGGUAGAAUUCAAAGAAGGCGGCUAUGGAUGGGUCGUAGUCGCCUGCGUCUUUCUCAUCAAUGCACACACUUGGGGUCUGAACUCAUCAUAUGCGGUCUUCCUCGCCUAUUAUCUCAAUUCGGGGGCCUUCCCUGGCGCCAGCCCGAUCACUCUGGCCUUCGUCGGCGGCCUGUCCUUCUCCGUCGCCCUUCUCGUCGCCCCCAUUGUGACCUGGUUCAUCCCACGAAUCGGAACGAGACCGACGGUCGCGAUCGGUGUUACAGUUCAAUCCGCCGCCCUCAUCGGCGCAUCCUUCACGACGCAAAUAUGGCAUCUCCUGUUGUCGCAAGGCAUCGGCUUCGGCGUCGGUAUGGGAUUCACCUUCAAUGCGACCGUCGGCGUCAUCCCACAAUGGUUCAUCGUUCGCCGUUCAUUCGCGUCAGCUAUCGGUAGUGCCGGCUCGGGCCUCGGCGGGUUGAUUUACUCCCUGUCGUCAACUGCCAUGAUCCACAACAUCGGUCUGCCAUGGGCGUUCCGCAUCCUCGCCAUUCUGUCUUUUGUUGUCAAUGGCAUAUGCUGCGUUCUGAUGCGGGACCGCAACAAGGCUCUCGGAAGUGUCCAUGCCGCAUUCCACAAAGACCUGUUUAAGAGGACUGAGUUCUGGCUCUUCAUGUCUUGGGGUUUCUUCUCCCUUUUCGCAUACGUCAUUGUCGUCUUUUCUUUGGCCGACUUCGCUGAGACGGUCGGGUUUACUGCGAGCCAAGGAUCGAUCGCCUCGGCCAUGUUCCAACUGUCACAAGGCAUCGGUCGCCCCGUCAUCGGCCUCAUUAGCGAUCGCGUCGGGCGCAUCAACGUUGCUGGCUUGGGCACCCUUGUCGCCGGGCUAGCGACUCUGUUCGUCUGGAUCUUCGCCGGGAGGUAUUUCGCAGGCACCAUCGUUUACGCACUCUUCGGUGCCUUCGCUGGAUGCAUCUGGGCGACGGUCACCCCUGUCGGUGCCGAAGUGGUGGGAAUACAGCUCCUGCCUUCCGCCACCUUUGCAGAGCCUAUCGCUCUUACCAUCAAGGGCUCAGGCGUCGAUGCUUACCUCGGGGUCGAGAUCUUUGUUGGUUUCAUGUACAUUGCCGCCUUUAUCUCACUCUGGUCUCUCCGCGUAUGGAAGAUCCGUGAACUCGAAAGCCUAGAUCUACCCGAGCAUGAGCGAGCUGACGCUCUGCGCAACAAUGAUGCCCUCUCCCUUAGUACAUCGCGGCGCACCGGGCCGAAGCCGAGUCUUGUUCACUCAAUCUUCAAGGGAGCUCUGGCUGUGCAGCGUGUCUAG